ACUGUACUUCUACUUCAAUUACAGAUCAGCAACUUCGCCAGUAUUUGGUUCAUCUCCCUCUUCCUUUCCAUCUUCGCAACUGGAAUCUUAGAGAUGAGAUGGAGCGGCGUCGGCAUAGAUGAAUGGUGGAGAAAUGAACAGUUUUGGGUCAUCGGUGGCGUCUCUGCCCAUCUUUUCGCUGUUUUUCAAGGUCUUCUCAAAGUGCUCGCUGGCAUCGACACGAACUUUACCGUGACUUCUAAGGCUUCAGAUGAGGAAGGAGAUUUUACAGAGCUCUACAUGUUCAAAUGGACCACACUCUUGAUACCGCCAACAACUCUUUUGAUCAUUAACCUAGUCGGAAGCGUUGCGGGAAUAUCUUAUGCCAUUAACAGUGGUUAUCAGUCUUGGGGACCUCUAUUCGGCAAGCUCUUCUUCGCCUUCUGGGUGAUCGUUCAUCUUUACCCAUUCCUAAAAGGUUUAAUGGGCCGGCAGAAUCGAACCCCAACAAUUGUUGUGGUUUGGUCUAUUCUUCUUGCCUCGAUCUUCAGCCUGUUGUGGGUUCGAAUUGACCCUUUCACCACCAGAGUUACGGGUCCAGAUGUGCAGCAGUGUGGGAUCAAUUGCUAGAGAGAGUAAAUCAUGGUUCAACGUGGGUAAGAUUGAAAUUUAGAUUUUAUUUAAUUGUCUCAUGUUGGUGCUGCUUGUUCAUUAUUGCUUCAAUGUAUAUUUAGAGCUAGAACAAGUGUUCUAUUUUAGUAGAUUAUCUAUU